AUCAUAACAACAAGAAGGGAGGUUUCAGAAAUUGGGGAAGAAACAGGAAUUGACGAGAAGUGUUGCAUUGACUUAAAAUGCUUAACGGAAGAAGAAGGCAUUCAGUUCCUACGGCUGCGAACUGGGAAAGAUCGGGGAGAAGAAAACGAAUUGCGUCAACUGGUUAGAGAACUUGGAGGACUGCCAUUAGCUCUCGAUCAAGCUGGGGCUUAUAUACGAUGGGUUAAACAAUCCAUAAAGCAGUAUAUGGAGAAAUACAAGAAGCAGAAGCUGCUACUCUUGGAAAAGAGACCGGCCCAACAAUUCGUCGAAAACACUUCUCCUGAGCGGCUAGCUGUCCACACAACAUGGAUUUUGAAUUUUGAUCACAUAAGGCAAAUCUCAGAAGAGAUGGAACUUGGAAGGGCUCCCAUUCUUUUUAUGCAGGUUUGUGCUUUUUAUGGCCCUGAUGACAUUCCAUACGAGUUGGUCAAUAAAGGGCUAAAGGAGGAUGGCAGUUCAGAAGAUAGCAGUCUUUGGGAUCAAGCCGAGAUAGUAUCGCUUCUCACCAAAUUUUCCCUGUUUCAAAGGUACGGUACAGAUUCGUUUUGUGUCCAUCGCUUAGUACAAGAAGUGAUUCGAAGUCAGCUGGAAAAAGAGCAAAUUGAGUUGAAUGUUCUCUCUCAUGCUGUAUGUGUCCUUCAUCAAGCACUGAAAAAUACCCGAUCACCGGCGGAAGUGUGCGAAAGUUUCGUUGAAGACGCUGUUUUUAGUGUGAACAAUCCCCCUUCGUUGCAUCUGUGGGGUAAGUUAGCCUCACAUUCCACCUAUUUGCAGGAGCAUUUGCGCAGUUACUCAGCCAAGCACAAAGAGUCAGUCCAUGCCUUGCUGUACACAGAAGAAACAGUGCGAGUCUUGAACGAAGCUGGUAUAUUUUUCAGUGUUUCCCAAGAGAAAGUUAAAGCUCAAGAAAUACAGGAAAUUAAAUUGGACUGUCUGGUGAACGUCAAAAAGUCCACCGCAGAGGAUGGCACCAAGUCGUUGAAGUAUUUCAUUGACAUCCCUUUAAAGGACAGAGUCUACAAGCUGAUUUCUCACUGUAUGAGGCAACCUGAUCCAGAGGAAAAUUCCCUCAAUGAAGAAGACACUUUUGGUGUUGGAAGGGAGGAAAAUGCUAGCCAGUUAAGGGAACAAGGCAAUCUUGCAAUACAAAGUGGCAAGUUUCAAGAGGCGUUGGAACUUUAUUCUAGAGCCAUUGAUUUGAAGGUCGAGGACUAUCGACUCUUCGCCAACCGAGCUCUUUGUUAUUUAAAACUUCGCCUGCCUCAGCAAGCUCUGGAAGAUUGUGAAAGGUGCCUCUCCCUAAAUCCCAACUAUAGCAAAGCACUUCAGCGUAAGACCUGGGCACUUCGUGAUCUCGUUAAAAAAGGUACUACCUACCUCAACGGGCAAAGGAAAGCAGCACUGGCAGUGACUGUUCACUUUCAUCCCAGUCUUCGAAAUGACAAAACGUUUUGUGAAAUGUUUCCGGAUGUACAUACACACUGGGCCCGAGAAAUAAACAGCGCAACGCAAUUGGCUUUUGCCCUAAUGACGACUCAGGGAAAUGAAACUUUACUUUUGCACGAAGGAGAGUACAAUUUAGAGUCCUUCUUGUCCUAUACUGACAUCCAGAUUGUAGGUCUUGGAAAGGGAGCCACUUUAAUAUGUCCCAAACAUUGUGUAAUGUUCGAUUCCAGUUGCUUUCUGGAGAAUAUCAUUUUCCCCAAAGGAAACAUAGGUCUAGUCUGCCAAGGCAAGAAAGCAGUUAUUCAUAUGAAUCACUGUGAAAUUUCAGGAGGCCUGAGAAGUUGUGAGGAUUUUCCGGAAUGUAACGGAGGUCCUGGAUGCAAAGCAGCCUCUCAGGGAAAGCCUGUCUGUAAUCGUACAGGAAAAUAUGGAGAACCAUUUUCCAUCUCUGGCAUGGUAGGCUCUUCUGGAAUCCAGAUUGUAGAUGGCGCGUUUGGAGUUAUCGAAAACUGUAAAAUUCAUAACUGCGGUGGAGGAGCCACUCUAGUUGCAAUGGAAGAUUCUCGCAUGGAGGUAAGAAAAUGUGAAGUGUACAAAAACAACCAACAAGGCCUAGAAGCCAGAGAAGGUGGAAAACUAGUUGCUUUUGGAAAUCGUAUAUUUGACAAUAAUUACCAUGGCAUCGUUCUUGGUCCGAUGGCAGGCGAAUGUAACAUCAGUGGCAACAAUAUCUUUGAAAAUAAAAGAGAGGGCAUGCUUGUCAUCACAAAUUCGAAGAAGAUAAACAUACAUAACAAUGAUGUUCAUCACAACGGGCCGUUUGGCCUUUCUUUUGAUAACAAUUCUCACCUUUUGAUUCGUAAGAACAGGAUAUUCGAGAACGGAUUUUGGGGUAUCAUCGCAAAAACACGAACGUCUGCAAAUAUAACAGCAAACGUUAUCUCUGGCAACAAAUGUGGUGGCAUUUACAUAGGUGUUAAUUUUUCUGGGAGAAUUUACCUAGAAUCAAACAUUGUCCGAGAUCAUGGUGGGCCGUGGCUUGAGUGUGCUAAAACCAUGGACAGUUUUCCCGUCGAUGAAAGAAAUUUACCGAGCGAUAUAAGAAAGACCCCCAUUUAUAUUCCAAGAGGAGAAAAGUCCGAGUUUUAUUCUAAACCUCCCACUCUCAUUGGAAACAAAGUAUUUAACAACGAGGAGGGCAUUUAUCACCCACAAGAGGUCGUUGAACGAGUUUACAGUGGAUGCACAUUUUGUCGACGCUCAGGCAAUAACGUGAGCCACCUUAUGAAGUGUUCAACUUGUCACAUUGCGUCUUAUUGCAGCAAAGAAUGCCAAAGCAAACACUGGCAAACGCACAAAGCACUUUGUGAAGCUCUGAAAAGCCGUUAUUCCCUGACAGUCAAGAUUCUUUCUCUUGAUAUGCUUGGACCAGGGCAAGGAAAACGUUUAAACCGAACAUUUGGGUCUCAUUUAAAAGGUCUUGGGACUGGCCCUAAGCUCAGUCGGAACAGUCGCAAGAAGUUCAUUGUAAAAAUUCAAACCCAAAAUCUUAAUAGCCAUCCGUUGCAGUUGUUGGUCCUUUACGACAAAAGCCUUUCUCUAGAUUGCACCAUUCAAAGCUCAGAAAUCUUCAGCGUGAUAAUGGAAUGCGGCGUUCUAGGGGAGUUAAACAAAUUCACCAGCAAAAAAUGUUUUUUCUGGGCUAUGUUUGCUGAGAAAGGAGAGAAACUGACCAUUUUUCUAAACCACCUGGCUCCAUAUCAAGAGUGGUAA